UAUCCUUGGCGGCAACCGCGCGGAGGCGCAAGAAGGGCUGGAACUGGAGAGGGAGGGGUCUGCAGACUGUCGGCGGCCCGGCUGGAAAUGGGGCUGAGGGCCUCGAGGUAGCGGGAGAGGUGUCGGGGCGCCGCGAUCCGGCCUGCAGGUCCCGGGCAGGAACCACAGAGCCUUGUUCGGGGCUCGCCGGGGCGCGGAGAGGCUUGGUUCCCACGUCAGGGCUGGGAGGAGCCGGCGAGUUACCUAGGGGUGUGCGGGGACUGCCCCGCGACUGUGGACGAUGCCGUACCUUGGCUCCGAGGACGUGGUGAAGGAGCUGAAGAAAGCUCUGUGUAACCCUCACAUUCAGGCGGAUAGGCUGCGCUACCGGAAUGUCAUCCAGCGAGUGAUUAGGCACAUGACUCAGGGCUUGGACAUGUCUGGUGUUUUCAUGGAAAUGGUGAAGGCCAGUGCCACCGUAGAUAUUGUUCAGAAGAAGUUGGUUUAUCUGUACAUGUGUACCUAUGCCCCCCUGAAACCAGAUCUGGCUCUCUUGGCCAUUAAUACGCUGUGCAAAGACUGUUCGGAUCCCAAUCCAAUGGUGCGGGGGCUGGCAUUACGGAGCAUGUGUAGUCUCAGGAUGCCUGGUGUGCAGGAAUACAUCCAACAGCCUAUUCUCAAUGGUCUGCGAGAUAAGGCUUCAUAUGUCAGGAGGGUGGCAGUCCUUGGUUGUGCCAAGAUGCAUAAUCUUCACAGAGACUCGGAAGUGGAUGGUGCUCUGGUAAAUGAAUUAUACAGUUUGCUGCGUGACCAGGAUCCAAUUGUGGUUGUGAACUGCCUGAGGUCUCUAGAGGAAAUUCUGAGACAGGAAGGAGGUGUUGUCAUCAACAAGCCCAUCGCCCACCAUCUCUUAAAUCGAAUGCCAAAACUGGACCAAUGGGGCCAGGCUGAAGUAUUGAACUUUCUGCUACGCUACGAACCCCGCAGUGAGGAGGAGCUGUUUGACAUUCUCAAUCUGUUGGAUAGCUUUCUCAAGAGCAGUAGCCCAGGUGUGGUGAUGGGAGCCACGAAACUCUUUCUGAUCUUGGCAAAAAAAUUCCCCCACGUACAAACCGACGUGCUUGUGCAAGUCAAGGGACCUUUGCUGGCCGCCUGUUCUUCAGAGAGCCGCGAGCUCUGCUUUGCUGCCCUCUGUCACGUGCGUCAGAUCUUGCAUAGUCUGCCGGGUCACUUUAGCAGCCACUACAAAAAGUUUUUUUGCUCUUACUCGGAGCCGCACUACAUCAAGCUGCAGAAGGUGGAGGUGCUGUGUGAGCUGGUGAACGAUGAGAACGUGCAGCAGGUGCUAGAGGAGCUCCGGGGCUACUGUACCGAUGUGUCAGCCGACUUUGCCCAGGCUGCCAUCUUUGCCAUAGGUGGUAUCGCCAGGACCUACACAGAUCAGUGUGUGCAGAUUCUAACAGAGUUGCUGGGGCUUCGACAAGAGCACAUCACCACAGUGGUGGUGCAAACUUUCCGAGACCUGGUUUGGUUGUGUCCUCAGUGUACGGAAGCUGUGUGUCAGGCCCUGCCCGGCUGUGAGGAGAACAUUCAAGAUAGCGAGGGGAAACAGGCCCUUAUUUGGCUCCUUGGUGUCCAUGGGGAGAGAAUUCCCAAUGCUCCCUAUGUGUUGGAAGACUUCGUGGAGAAUGUGAAGUCAGAGACGUUUCCAGCUGUGACGAUGGAGCUGCUCACUGCGCUGCUGCGCCUUUUCCUCUCCCGGCCCGCCGAGUGCCAGGACACGCUGGGGCGCCUGUUACAUUACUGCAUAGAGGAAGAAAAGAAUAUGGCAGUACGAGACCGAGGUCUCUUCUAUUACCGCCUUCUCUUAGCCGGCAUUGAUGAAGUGAAGCGGAUCCUCUGUAGCCCUAAAUCUGACCCUUCUCUUGGACUUUUGGAGGAUCAGGCAGAAAGACCUGUGAAUAGCUGGGCCUCGGACUUCAACACGCUGGUGCCAGUCUAUGGCAAAGCCCGCUGGGCAACCAUCUCUAAAUACCAGGGGGCAGAGCGUCGGGGCCCAGAGCUUCCUGACACUGCAUCCUUUGCCACCUCAGGUCCCCUGAUUCCUGAAGAGAACAAGGAGAGGGUACAAGAACUCCCUGAUUCUGGAGCCCUCGUGCUAGUCCCCAAUUGCCAGCUUACUGCUGAGUAUUUUGAGAAAACUUGGUUUAGCCUGAAAGUUGCUCAUCAGCAGGUGUUCCCUUGGCGGGGAGCAGUCCAUCCUGACACUCUCCAGAUGGCCCUACAAGUAGUGAACAUCCAGACCAUCGCAAUGAGCAGGGCUGGGGCUCACCCGUGGAAAGCCUAUCUCAGUGCUCAGGAUGACACUGGGUGUCUGUUCCUAACAGAACUGCUGUUGGAGUCCGAGAACUCGGAAAUGCAGAUCUCUGUGAAACAAAAUGAGCCGAGGACCGAGACACUGAAUAGUUUUAUUUCUGUAUUAGAAACUGUGUUUGGAACAAUUGGAGACAUAAAAUCAUAACAGAUUCUUGCUGCCUGUCCUAAGUGAGAUGAACAGCUAUCAGAGUUCCUAGUUUUUCUUAUUAGAGUUGCCUGUAAGUCCAGAUGCUAUCCAAUGCAAUGGAGAGUGGCAAUCUCAGAAUCAGGAUUCUUAUGGUUUUGUCCAAAGACUGUUGGCUUAUUCCUCUCAUACCUAUUGGUGGAUGACCCCAUUUUUCCAGGUGAUGUUGAAAAGGUUAAUGUUGGUAAGGGGAUGGGAACAGGCUAAGGAAAGGAUUUGGAUUCUUUUCUAAUCCGUUUUAGGGAUUGUCGUACUCAUUAAAGAUGCCUGAAGUCUAUGGAAACUGGUGAA